UCUCUAUUCUUUUUUAUUUGAUUCUCUCAGUUUCAUCAGAUCAACAAUCUCAUACUAUAUGGCAUUUCCGGCUACCAUUGUUGUUCUUCCUUUAGGCACUCUUUUCAUUCUUUCAGGCCUCAUUGUUAAUGUAAUUCAGGUUGUCGUCUAUGUUCUUUUUCGUCCAAUAUCAAGAUAUUAUUACAAAAAAGUAAACAAAGUGCUCACAGAAGUACUAUGGUUGGAGCUCAUAUGGCUAGUUGAUUGGUGGGCGGGCGUUGAGAUCGAACUAUAUGCAGAUUCAGAAACUUUUAAUUUGUUAGGUAAAGAAAAUGCACUUCUGAUAUGUAAUCACAGGAGUGACAUUGAUUGGCUUAUUGGAUGGGUUCUAGCUGAGCGUAUGGGUUGCCUUGGUAGCAUUGUCGCCAUUAUGAAGAACGAAAUCAAAUAUCUUCCCGUUCUAGGUUGGUCAAUGUGGUUUGCUGAUUUUCUAUUUCUAGCAAGAAAUUGGGCUAAAGAUGAAAAAUCACUGAAGACAGGUUUUGAGCAGCAAGUGCGAAAUCCGGUGCCUUUUUGGUUGGCUCUUUUUGCCGAAGGAACUCGCUUUACACAAACAAAACUUAUAGAAGCUCAGGAAUUUGCUAGGUCUAGAGGAAUGCCUAUACCGAAAAACGUUUUGGUUCCUCGUACUAAGGGUUUCGUCACAGCUGUGAUGCAUACACGGACAUUCGUUCCAGUCAUUUACGAUUGCACGUUUACAGUUUCGAAGACUGAGCCUUCACCUACAAUGUUGAGAAUAUUUCAAGGCAUUCCUUGUACAGUGAAGGUUCAAGCUAAGCGGCACAAAAUGGAGGAACUUCCGGAAACAGCCGAUGGCAUUGCGCAGUGGUGCAAAGAUCUUUUUGUCGCCAAGGAUGCUUUACUGGAGCAAUACAAUACUACGGACAUAUUCAGCGAAUUUGAACUUCAAAAAAUUCGCCGGCAUAAAAGAUCUAUAAUGGUUGUGCUAAUUUGGUCUUGUCUCCUUGGCUUCCUUCUGUACAAAUUCUUCAAGUGGUCUUCGCUCCUAUCGACAUGGCAAGGAAUUUUGUUAACGGUGGUGUUCCUAAUCAUUGUGUCGGCUGUUAUGGAAACACUCAUUCAUUCAUCUCAAUCAGAAAGUUCUAAACCUGCCGAUUUACCUAUACAAGACCCCAUCAAGCAGAGGCUUCUUCAGAAAUGAGCAAAGAUUCACCAUGGAUUAAUGUAAUCCCGUUACAUGUCUCUAUCUCAGUAGGCAACAACAUAUGUACAUCACAUUUUUCUUCGUCCGUAGCUUUUUGGUUUGAAAAUACAAGAUUUGUUAGAUAGAAUAAUGCCAUUGAUAUCCAAACUAGUUCGAUCCUAGCGCGUAUUAUAGCAACAUAAAUAUGUCUUUUAACGUAAAUUCAUGUAUCAGAAAAGUAUUAGUAAUGGUAAGGAACUGGUGAUCAAUUGAAAAAGAAAGAAAAAUCUGUAAAAAUUUAAAUACUAUCAUUUAUAUGAUUACAUUGCAUGGCCCUAUUUUAGCCGUAUACAUGUCCAAAAUCCUUACAGAAUAUAGACGAGAAAUCCUGACAUCGCCCUCUUCCUUAACUCCCUUAGUUUUGUUUCACCUUCAUGGCUGGUAUAUUCUUUGCAAAAACUCACUGCUUUAAUUUCUUCAAACCUUCCUUUUUGUCAC